AUGGAUGCAGAGGAAUUUUGCCGCCAUGGAAAGGAGAUGAUAGACUAUGUAGCCGACUAUCUGGAGAACAUUCGCGAGCGACGCGUGUUCCCGACAGUGGAGCCAGGGUACCUCCGGAAACUUAUACCAGAAGAGGCGCCCGAGGAAGGCGAAUCGUUUGAAGACAUCUUCAAAGAUGUGGAACGCGUAAUUAUGCCAGGGAUUACUCACUGGCAGUCGCCCAACUUCCACGCCUAUUUCCCGACCGGCAGCUCCUACCCGGCAAUUGUGGCGGACAUCCUCUCGGGAUCAUUUGGCGGCGUAGGAUUCUCCUGGGCCUCGAGCCCCGCGUGCACAGAACUAGAGGUCGUGGUUCUAGACUGGCUGGCAAAGAUGCUGGAACUACCCGAGAGCUUCCUUGCGUCUUCAGGUGGAACUGGAGGUGGCGUCAUUCAGGGAACUGCAUCUGAGGCAACGUUGGUGGCGCUUCUUUCUGCGCGUGCGCGAGAAAUCCUACGUUACAAACAGACGAACGGGCACUCAGACGACGGCGUCAUCAUGUCCAAAUUUGUCGCAUAUUGCUCUGACCAGUCACACAGCUCCGUGGAAAAGGCAGGGCUUAUCGCGUGCAUCAGGAUGAGGAAGCUCCCUACUGACGCGGACUGCUCCCUUAGGGGACAGACCCUUCGGGACGCUAUCAACGAGGACCGGGCACAUGGGCUCAUACCUAUAUACGUCUGUGCUACUCUCGGGACUACCCCAUCGUGCGCAUUCGACUGUGUAAAAGAACUUGGCGUUGUCUGUCAAGAGGAGAGCAUAUGGAUGCACAUCGACGCUGCCUAUGCAGGAAGCGCUUUUAUAUGUCCAGAGUUCCGCCCCUUGUUGGAAGGAGUCGAGUUUGCUGAGUCGUUUAAUUUCAACGCACACAAGUGGCUAAAAGUGAAUUUCGACUGUUCUGUCAUGUGGGUUCGGAACAGUAACCUGAUUACGGGACCCUUCAACGUUGAAUCUCUCUACCUAAAACAUCAACACCAGGGGGCGAUGCCAGACUACCGGCACUGGCAAAUACCUAUGGGUCGAAGAUUUAGGUCAUUGAAGUUGUGGUUCGUACUGCGCACAUACGGACGGAAAGAACUUCAAAACUACAUUCGCAAGGACGUUUCACUGGCACACCUGUUCGAGGGGAUGGUGGUGGCAGACGGCAAAUUUGAGAUCGUGCAGAAGGUCGUCCUGGGACUUGUAAGCUUUCGGCUGAAGAACGCUUCUAACGCAACCAAUGAACGUCUGUUGAAAGCAAUCAACGCGGACGGGCGCAUAAACAUGGUGCCGGCCGAGAUCCGGGGCGUCUACUUCUUGCGUUUUGUCGUCUGCGCGUCGCGCACGACUGAUAGUGACGUCAUGUUCGCGUGGGACGUCAUCCGGGAACUCACGGAGAGCAUACUUAAGGAUUCCGAUAACAAAUGA